AUGACACAAUCUGGAGGGACGGAGAUUCCUGGUAUCGCCAAACUAACGUGGCCGACCGGCCGUGGAAGCAAGAGAAGCAGAAAACAAGCUUGCAUCAAACCGGGCAGGCCAUUGAUAUCGAUGACCUUCCCCACCGACAUUGGCAGUGAUAACAUGCAACUCGUGUAUGAUAUCUUGAAGGACCAUAACAUCGUAUUCAAGGAUGAUCAAAAAGUUGAAAGACGGUAUCAGCGUCCAACUCCUGUCUGGGACUGGAUCGACACCAGCGCAGCUGAAUACAACAAAGCGUCCUCAGAUACUGACUCCAUUGGUUGGUUUGAGGAUAUGUUGACCUUGGACUCUCGUCAGAUUCAUCUUCCGUUUUCCGUGCGGUACCAACUUGAGGUCUGCAUUUCGCAGAACAUCCUCUCAGAGUUCACAAUGACCCGUGAAUUUUUACUGAGGUUACUGAGAAUGAGAGAAGCAGCAGCAACACAGCUCCUUGAACAGGUUGCCACCUGCAAGCGCGCGUAUGCUGAUCCCAUGGAUAUUUUCAGCAUUACGUAUGCAAAAGGCGUCACCAACUCGAAAAUCCCGGCAUAUUGUUGCUUCAUGCGAACUGCUCGGAUCACCCCAACCACGAUUUACUACAACACUCCGACAGUUGACAUUUCCAACCGGGUGACUCGACGCUAUCGCGAACAUGCUGACCGCUUCCUUCGAGUACGAUUCACAGAUGAGAAAUCUAGAGGACGCAUCAUGCCCACACCCACAAGCAGCGAUGAUGAAAUAUUCACUCGAGGAGACCGCCACUAUGAGUUCCUUGCCUUUGGGAACUCCCAAUUUCGUGAACACGGGGCAUAUUUCUUUGCAUCAACGCCGCAUUUAAAAGCGUCUCAGAUUCGUGGAUGGAUGGGCCAGUUCAGUCACAUCAAGAAUGUCGCAAGGCAUGCAGCUAGAAUAGGUCAAUGCUUCUCGACCACUCGUGCUGUCGUGGGCUGCCCUGUCGAAGUAAAGAAAUGUGAUGAGAUUUCUCGUAAUGGGCAGUGUUUUUCUGACGGGGUCGGCAAGAUCUCCAGGUUUCUUGCGCAGAUGACCACCGAGGAACUCAAAUUCCAAACCAUUGCUGGAAGAUAUCCGUGUGCAUUUCAGUUCCGGUUGGGAGGCUCCAAAGGCAUGCUGGUGGUCUCUGACGACCCUCAGCCUAAGGAGGUUCAUAUCCGCCCCAGCCAGGACAAGUUCCCGUCAGACCAUACUGGCCUGGAAAUCAUCCGUCAUUCUCAGUAUUCUCCGGCAUCCCUCAACCGCCAGCUGAUUCUCGUGCUCUCCUCACUGGGAAUUCCAGAUGCAAUAAUCUGCAAAAAGCUCAGAGGGAUGCUAGAAGAUCUUGAUGUGGCAAUGGAGAAUCAUCACGGUGCGAUAGAAACACUCAAUAAGCUCAUCGACCCCAACCAAAUCACCGCCUCUCUUGCUCAUGUACUUGAAUGCGGCUUUCGGCGAGAAAAGGAACCGUUCAUCAACUCUGUGGUCGCGUUAUGGAAGUCAUGGCACAUGAAGUCCGUCAAAGAGAAAGCAAGAAUUGUGAUCAACCAAGGCGCAUCUUUGCUCGGUUGCAUCGAUGAAAUAGGAGUAUUGAAAGGCCAUUUCGACAAAAAGAUUCCGAGGGGCAAUGCGUCCUAUGAUGAGAGAGUUGCGGCUCUCCCGGAGAUAUUUGUCCAAAUCGAUCUCAAACACAAAGACAGGGCCGACACAUUCCAAAUUAUCGAAGGCAUAUGCAUCGUCGCUCGAAACCCGUCUCUCCAUCCUGGUGAUAUUCGUGUGGUGCGGGCUGUGAAUCGACCUGAGCUGAAGAACCUUCACAAUGUAGUUGUGUUUCCACAGACAGGCGAUCAAGUUAUCACAAGCAUGUGCUCCGGUGGGGAUCUUGAUGGGGAUGACUACACCGUCAUAUGGGAUCAGGACCUUAUCCCCAAAGAUUGGUUCGUCAAACCCAUGAAAUACACCAGUCGAAAAGCCCCAGACUUUAACGGCAACGUGACGGUUAAUGAAAUCAUCUCAUUUUUUGUGACCUACAUGAAGAAUGACUCGCUUCCUCGAAUAGCCCAUGCCCACAUGGCUCUUGCUGAUCGACUUGAGAACGGCGUUCUCGAGAAGAAAUGUAUGCAGCUUGCACAGCUGCACUCAGACGCGGUAGACUAUAACAAAACAGGUGCUGUGGCCAUCAUGACCCGCGAUCUGGAACCCCGCUUGUGGCCUCACUUCAUGGAAAAGAAACACAAGCGGCCUGAGCAAAUUUACCACUCUGAGAAGAUCCUCGGCCAGCUGUAUGAUGCUGUCGAAGUGCCCGACUACGCACCGAAUCUCAGCCUCCCUUUCGACGAGAGAGUCCUAAACAGCCCCUAUGCCCCUGCAAGUUUGAAGUGGACCGAGCUUGCCACCCAGCUAAAAUCUGAGUAUGAUGCAGCCAUACGGCGUGUAAUGGCGCAGUAUGAGAUUCAAACAGAGUUCGAGGUCUGGUCCUCGUUUGUCCUCGGCCACAACCAGCUGUGUCGGGACUACAACCUUAGCGAAGAGCUCGGCCGAAAGAAUUCCAUAUUGCAAGACGGUGUCCGUCAACAAUGCUAUGAUAAGGUGGGGAGCCGAACAAUGGAGAGCAUGGCGCCCUUCGUCGUCGCAGCUUAUCGCGUCACAAGCGAAGAGGUUAAAGUAGCACUCCAAGAGGGGGCGAACAACAAAGGCCAGACUAAGUUUGACGAUGCGGAAUCAGUCGAUAGCGAAGACCUCGAUAGCUCUCCCCAGACUCCGCUGAUCAGCUUCCCCUGGAUAUUCAAAGAUAUCUUAUGCCAAAUAGUCCAAGGCCGCAUCAAAGUUCAAAACCCAGAUAACGCAGAGCUCGAUACUGGGAAGAUGUACAGCCAUGCUGAUGUCAUUGCUGUCCUUGACGAGCUUCAAAAGUCCCCCGAGAGCGGCGUCAUUGAAGAGGGCUCGAUUUGGAAGAAUGUGGCUGCUACUGGUGGCUCUGAUCCGGAAAGGGAUAGUGACCCGGGGAGUAAAGUCAGCGACAAAGAUCUACAUACAGGGGAGAGAAAUGACAUUGUGGAGGCUGAGGAUGUGUCGAAAACCAAUCUCCCUGCCGUGGAGAAGCUACUAAGUUUGAUCGGUGAAACAGAUGCGUGA